CUUUUUACAGAUUGUCAAUACAUAAAUGAAGAACGUAGCACUUGUAGCAUCGCGCAAAAAUGCACCCUUGCGAAAAUCUCAUUGCGGCUAAUAAUUUGGACAACGCAACACUCCGAGGAGUUUUACGGGGAUACAAAUUAGAUAGUAAUCAAGCAUCACGCCAUUGGCGUAAGCCAAGUAUGUGCCUGCGCUCUUCAUGUCGAGCGUUCUCGGUAGAACAAGAACAAGAAAGACCAACGUCGCGGCAGCAGCGGCAGAAGCAACGGCGGCAGCAGAGGCGGAGAAGAAAGGGACGAAGACAAAAACGCGAGCGCAAUAAAAGGCCGAAGGAAUCUCCUAUUAUAUCUCCCGUCGUCUUGGAAUGAUUGCUAGAACGUGCGUGACUCGCCACCUGCUCGCUAUUGGGAAUUCCAACCGACAGGAAGAAACGGAGAACUCCGCGAGAAGAAAACGGCCCGUUCGAGGUAUCAUCGAAACCGCGUUGCAGCCUACGUUUGUCCGACGAUGCGGUUGAACUUACUCGAUCACCCGUCCCUCUUUUCGUCGCGUCAUCUUCGCUGACUAGCUGCCCGCCUGAUGACGAUCGAAAGGGACGGGAUCUUCUUUUUCUGCGCACCUUGAGAGGUGGUAGCGCGCGCGGUUGGCGCUUGUACGUCAAACUCGCGGCCACCACGGUCCCGUGCCGUUCCAUUGAAUCGUAUCUGUCAAUAGCGAACAAUAUGACGGCGAGAAAGGCCGAAGAGAAAGAGGACCCGUGUAUCGGUGCCCCGAAGAGCAGAAGAGAGAAACAGACA